AUGAAAACCAUUCUCUCCUCCGAAACGAUGGACAUCCCCGAAGGGGUUAGCAUCAAGGUGCACGCGAAACUCAUCGAGGUUGAAGGUCCACGUGGGAAACUGGUUCGUGAUUUCAAGCAUUUGAAUCUCGACUUUCAGCUCAUUACUGAUGAAAAUGGGAAGAGGAAGUUGAAGGUUGAAGCUUGGUUUGGAUCUAGGAAAACCUCGGCUGCUAUUCGCACUGCUCUUAGUCAUGUGGAUAAUUUGGUCACUGGUGUUACUAAGGGGUAUCGUUACAAGAUGCGAUUUGUGUAUGCUCAUUUUCCGAUUAAUGCCAGUAUCGCUAACAGUAAUACUACUAUCGAGAUUCGUAACUUCCUCGGCGAAAAGAAGGUGAGGAAAGUGGAUCUCCUUGAAGGAGUUACUGUUGUUCGAUCUGAAAAGGUCAAGGAUGAGUUGGUUUGGAUGGAAAUGACAUUGAACUUGUUUCCAGAUCUUGUGCACUUAUUAACCAGAAAUGCCAUGUUAAGAAGAAAGAUAUCUGUAAGUUCCUUGAUGGUAUCUAUGUUAGUGAGAAAGGGACAACAAGCUAUGGCGAACCAUGGUCAACAAUGA